AUGUCUAAGGCAGAGCCCGCUGACCAGGUGAAGUUCCUUGUGUCCUGCAUCGGACACACCAGCAACGGCCGGCCUGACUUCCAGGCUGUCGCCGAUGAGCUUAGCAUCGUCAGCAAGGCCGCCGCCCAGAAGCGAUACGAGCGCAUGCUCAAGGCUCAUGGCAUCUCUCGCCCUGGCGCCCUUGUCGCCGCCAACAACGGCGAUGGAAAUGGCGACAGCCCUCCUGCCACUCCUACCACUCCUGGAAAGCGCAAGGCCAAGGGUGAGACCUCUGGCAGUGCCAAAAAGCCUCGAACUCCUCGUGCCAAGGCCAAGAAGGAGUCUGACGACGAUGAGGAACCUAAGCCUAAGCCCAAGGCCUCCGCUACCAAGCGCAAGGUGAAGAAGGAAGAAGAGGUAGAGAAGAAGGAAGAAGAGCAGGACGAAGCUUCUGCCGAGUCUCCCAACUCUCUCUCCGACGCUCCCGCCUCUGGCGAGUCUUAA